UAAUUCUCAUUUAGUGCCACACAAAACCCUAAUUAAAAUUACUAGUUAACAGAAAUAUAAAAGUGUACACUCCCCUUUCCUCAAUUCCUUUCGUUAUACUCUAGGUUUGUGUUCUUUUUAUCUCUAACUCAGAGGUGAAUAUGGUGGAUCCGAUAAUCGGCGAUGGAAUUUCUGGAGACACAGAAGAACGCUUGUUACCGGACUCAGAAAACGAUAACCAAUGGAGAUUAAAUUUUAAUGAUUUUGAAAGAUAUGAUCAUCAAGGAAGAAGAGGAACUACUAAUACUCAAUGUUUUCACAAGUGUCUCGAGGUUUUAGCUCCAGAAGAUGUGGUGGCCACUUAUUACCAGCAACAGGUACAAAUGUUGGAUGGGUUCAGUGAGAUGGAUGCGUUAACUGAUCGUGAUUUUCUCCCCGGAAUGACAAAGGAGGAGCAAGAAAAUUUGGCUAAAAGUGAAAACUUGGCUAUCAGAAUAUCAAAUAUAGCAAAUAUGCUUCUUUUUGCUGGAAAAGUUUUUGCUUCAGUCCAUAGUGGUUCAUUGUCUAUAAUAGCGUCUACACUGGAUUCACUUCUUGAUCUCUUAUCAGGUUUCAUUUUGUGGUUCACCUCAUUCUCUAUGCAGACCCCAAACCCCUACCGAUAUCCUAUUGGGAAAAAACGCAUGCAACCAUUGGGAAUCAUUGUUUUUGCCUCUGUAAUGGCGACAUUGGGGUUGCAGAUUAUUUUGGAGUCCGUACGUACCCUGAUAACUCAUCAUGAUUUCAACUUGACUAAGGUGCAACAGCUGUGGGUGAUUGGGAUCAUGUGCACUGUAACGUUGGUUAAGUUUUGCCUGAUGCUUUAUUGUCGCACUUUCUCCAAUGAAAUUGUCAAAGCUUAUGCUCAGGAUCAUUUCUUUGAUGUCGUGACCAACAUCAUUGGUCUAGUUGCUGCCAUCCUCGCAAAUUACUUCAAGGAUUGGAUGGACCCUGUUGGGGCUAUAAUUUUAGCACUGUACACAAUUCGAACAUGGUCAUCAACAGUACUUGAAAAUGUGAACUCACUUGUAGGCAGAUCAGCAGCACCUGAGUAUCUCCAGAAGCUAACAUACCUUUGCUGGAACCAUCACAAGGCUAUAAUGCACAUCGACACUGUCCGAGCUUACACAUUUGGAUCUCACUACUUUGUUGAGGUCGACAUCGUUUUGCCAUCUGCAAUGCCACUGAGGGAGGCACAUGAUGUCGGAGAGUCCUUGCAGAUAAAACUUGAACGCUUGCCAGAGAUUGAGCGCGCCUUUGUUCAUCUUGAUUAUGAAUUUACCCACAAACCUGAGCAUGCCCAAUCUUAAACCUUAGGGUCAGAGAACAUGUCAUUAUUUUGAACUUACAUAUGUUGUUGAAUAAACGUAUAAAUUGUAGUUAUCUUGUUGUCUGGAUUUUAAUCUGACUAGCAGUGGACCAGUGUUUCUACCAGUUCAUUUACUAAAGGAGAUUUCUUAGCUUUUUUCUCA